CAGCUGGAGGAAGCCGAGUAGGAAGUGGGUUGCGAUGUCCUUUUGUGUCCUACAGCCGGAGCGAGGAGCGAGCGCGCAGCCCCAGCCCAUGGCCCGGCCGGUCCCCGGCGCGCGGGGCCACUGAGCCGCCCCGCUCGGACACAGCUAGGACCCCGCCGCCGCCAGCGCUUCCUGCAGCUCCCAGCCCUUGGCUGCGACCAAGCCCUCUCCAGCCAUGUCAUCCCGGGAACGCCGGGCAGAGUUUUUCAUCAAAACGGAGCCGGCCUCCCCAGACAGCCUUGCCCAGCACAGCCCCAGCGGGUCUUCCGACACCAGCGCCAGCGGGGCCCCACAAGAGCUCGAGACCGCUGGGGCGCUGCCUGCCGGGACGGGGGCCUCCCGGCGACGCCAUGAUGACGACCCGGACGAGCCCCCGGGGCGGGGGAAGUACAUGCUGAGCGCCAUGCCCAAGCGGCUGUGCUUGGUGUGCGGGGACGUUGCCUCAGGGUACCACUAUGGCGUGGCCUCCUGCGAAGCCUGCAAGGCCUUCUUCAAGAGGACUAUCCAAGGCAGCAUUGAAUAUAGCUGUCCGGCCACCAACGAAUGUGAGAUCACAAAGCGGCGCCGGAAAGCCUGCCAGGCCUGCCGUUUCACCAAGUGCCUGCGCGUGGGCAUGCUCAAGGAAGGGGUACGUCUCGACCGGGUGCGAGGAGGGCGUCAGAAGUACAAGCGCCGGCCUGAGGUGGAGGGUGCCACUUACCCCAGUGCAUUCGUCACCCCACAGAUUGCUACGGCGACCACCAAGAAACCAGCUCCAAUGAACACAAUGGUGUCGCACUUGCUGGUGGCAGAGCCUGAGAAGCUGUACGCCAUGCCUGACCCCGCACUUCCUGACAGUCCCGCCAAAGCAGCGAGCACUUUGUGCGAUCUGGCUGACCGGGAGAUCGUGGUCAUCAUCGGCUGGGCCAAAAACAUACCAGGAUUUCCGGCGCUGUCCUUGGCGGACCAGAUGUCUGUACUGCAGAGCGUGUGGCUGGAGGUCUUGCUGCUGGGGGUGGCCUGGCGUUCGUUGCCCUGCGAGGACGAGAUCGUCUUCGCGGAGGACUUUGCUCUGGACGAGGAGGCGGCAAGGGCGGCAGGGCUACUGGAGCUCAGUGGGGUGGUCCUGCAGCUUGUGCGCAAGUACCGGGCCCUGCGCCUGGAGCGAGAGGAAUAUGUGCUUCUCAAGGCCUUGGCGCUUGCCAACUCAGACUCUGUGCACAUUGAGGACAUGGCAGCCGUGCAGCGGCUCCGGGACGUGCUGCACGAGGCCCUGCUGGAAUACGAAGCGUCGAGGCGCCCCGAGGAGCCCCGCCGGGCCGGCCGCCUCCUCCUCACGCUGCCCCUCCUCCGCCAGACAGCCACCCGCGUCCUCCACCACUUCUACAGCCUCAAACUGGAGGGCAAGGUCCCCAUGCAUAAGCUUUUCCUGGAGAUGCUGGAAGCAAUGAUGGACUGAAGGAGGAGGCCGGGAGGGGAGGGCAGGGGACAGGAUUUGGGGAGGGGAGCAAAGUACAGACUGACUGGUUAUCGGGGAUUGUUGGGGGGGGCGCGCGUGCAGAAAUGGAACGGGGCUUGGGUUUUCCCCUCCCACACAAUCCCCCCCUCCCAGAACCGCCGCUCGUCUGCCUCAUGUUAAAAAAACGCAUUUCAAUGUAUGCAAAUGUGAUAGCUGCCCAUUGCUUUGCACUGAGGCUGACUUUUUUUCUUUUCUGAAGAGAACAGACCCCAUGGGGGAGGCAGAGAAGUUUUUUAAAAAACAAAACAAAACACAAAACACCAGCCCUUCUGGACGUCAGAGGCUGGGCUGCCGCAACGUGGGGCAGGGAGAAAGGGAGACAGAGAAAGUUUUGACAUUCACACUGGAAGCCAUACUUUAAUUUUUAAUUUAUUAACUUGGGGAAGGGCAGGGGGUGGGUGUUAGCCACUGUAGCUCUAGCCUGGAAGCCAUAUUGCAUUUGUGAGGCAUGGAGGAGGGAGAGGAAGGGUAGUUGUUGGGGAGGGUUGUGCGUGUGUGUGCGUGUGUGUGUGUGUGUGUGUUGGGGGUUUUUGAAUGGUUAGUUCUUGCCCCAGGAUGCAGCUACAGGAUAGCACGGGAUGGAGAGCAGAGACAGCAGGUUCACGGCCUCUUUCCUACACCACUCAAACGCCAUCUAGGUUUUGCCCCUGGGCUGGGCCCAGCCAAAUGCACCUUAAUGAGGGUGAGAGUGUCAGAACCAUAGAUCCACAGCUCUCCAGAAAUAAGGAGGGAGACAGAUUUGGGGAGGGGAAGGAAGACCCACAACACUUUUCUUUUCUUUUUGACCUCCUUUCUGCCUCCUUAGUACCGAGUCUCUUCAUUAGGGCGUCUCUCAGGGGACGAUAGUCCGCCCCCCCCCCGUUUCUCUUUCCCUCACAAAGGCCCACCCUCCCUCUGGGAAUGUUGCAUUAUCACUUAUAAGCAAUAAUAAUAAUAUUAAUAAUAAUAAUAAUUUAAAAACUUGGGGGAGGGUCGCCAUGAUGCAGGGGGAAGAGGAGGUUGUGUCUUACGUCGUAUCUGCUUUGCAUGGAGUCUGCCUUAAAAAAAUUGGGGAAAGGGGUGUGUUUGAGUGUGCGGCUGCUGCAGUGGUGGGAAUCCAGCCCCCCCCCCGCUCCUCCUCUGCAGAAGGGAGAAGGCAGGGCCUUUCACGCUCCAUCCAAAGUUCUUUCACUUAAUUCCCUUGUAGCAAUAGUUAAAAAGGCAAUUUGUGCUUUUUUUUUCAGGUGUGAUUUCAUAUCAACCCCACAACUCCCCUCACACUACGAAGCUAAGCAGCUAGGUCCUCCCUGCGUCCCCAUUAAGCCAACCCCAUCUUACACCCAAAGCAAUAAAUAAAACCUCUUCCCCGCCUCUCCUUAAUUCCCUUUUGAACCCGCCAAACCAGGGGGGUGGGGAAGCUACGUUGCCCACCAGCUGUUGGGACUAGAACUCCCAUGGGCCAUGCUGGCUGCAGGGGCUGAUGGGAGUUGGAGUCCAACAACGACGCUUGCGGUGGCCUGCAGCUUCCCUGUUCCUGCUCUAACUUAAACCAAGGAGGGAGGCUGCAUGGCCUGUAGCUGAGAGCCAUGUACAUAGCAAUAUAUUUUACUGUAUAUUUGUUGCAGGAAAAAGAAAUCUACCCCAUUUCUGGCUCGCUUCCUUUCCCCCCCACCCACCCACGGAAGGGAGGUGGGGCUGCAGCCUCCCUUGCCCUGGUUGCAGCUGGGGGGGAGGGGAGAGGAGAAGCUGGAGAAUUUUUUUUUGUAUUAAAUUAUGUGUGUGUACAUAUUAUAAAUACCUCUGAUUUGUGUAUAGGCGGCUACACAUACACAUUCAUAGAGAGCUCUAUUACUGAACAAAUUAAAAAAGGCCAUUGCGGCCUGACAGUCAACUGCU